AACGACACGAUGAAGUUCCAUCUGGCCACGGGCCUGGUUCUCUUGCUUGCAAGCACUGAAGCUGUGGGGGCUUCCAGCUGGUGGAGCAAGGCCGUUUAUAACAAAUGGCACGAAACCGAGCUUGAGAGAUGGCUCUCCGAUCAUGAUAUCCCCCAUCCAUCCCCCGCAGACCGCAGGGACCUCGAGAACUUGGUCAAGUCCAACUGGGACAGCCGGGUCCAGAAACCCCUUGGGCAAGCUGCAGAUCAAAUCACCGAUGAGCUCCAUCAAGCAAAGGAAUGGGUCUUUGACACCUGGUCGGAUUCCCAGCUGAAAGCAUUCCUAGAUCGCCAUGGAAUUCCGGCGCCCCAGCCCCGCAAGCGCGAUGUGUUGAUCAAAACCGCCCGAGAGAAUUAUGAGCUUGUCGCCAAGAAAGUGGGUGAAACUGCGUCUUACCCUGGUAACUGGCUAUACGAACAGUGGUCGGAAUCAGACCUCAAGGAAUGGCUUGAUGAGCGAGGUUGGCCUGUUCCUCAGCCAAGCAACCGCGAUAAGCUCAUUGCUUCCGUCCGACGCAACUCUCGUUUGGCUAGUCUACAGGCCAAGAGCAUUAGUGCAUCCGCGCUGGCGUCUGCUGAGGCGGCCAAAGCCUCGCUGAGCGAGGAGCUGUUCAAUGCCUGGUCCGACUCUAAGCUGAAGGAGUUCCUCGAUGAGCAUAAUGUGCGAGUUCCUCAGGGUUCGAAGCGCAACGAGCUCAUCGCUCUGGCCCGCAAGCACCGCGCCUAUCUUGUCGAUCAAGCUGCGAGUGCUUCUGCUGCUGCCUCUGAAGCCUUCGGUGCUGCUACUACCAAAGCUGGAAAUGAAUACGCCCGUGCCACGGACGAUGCAAAGCUAAAGGCCGAGGAUGAAUUCAAUGCUGUGAUUAAAACAUGGUCGGAUUCUCGCCUGAAGGCCUUCCUUGAUGCUCGCGGAGUUCCUGUUCCACAAUAUGGCAAACGUGAUGAGCUUCUGGCCACUGUCCGCGCGAAUGCACACCGGGCUGCUGGCGGCUGGAACGAGUACAAUUUCGAUACCUGGGACAAGGAACAUCUUCUGAAAUACCUGUCUGCCAUGAAUGCCAAGGCCGCAAAGAAGGCCGAUGCCACCCGUGAAGAGCUAAUCAAGCAUGCGAAGGACUCCUACUUGAAAGCCUCUAAGGCUGGCGGCGAGCACUAUGCUUCGGCGACUUCGAACCUUGCGAAAGCGACCGGCAAUGUCAAGGAUGUCUCCUUUGACCAGUGGUCGCACUCUGACCUCAAGAAGUACCUGGACUCAUACGGCAUUCCGGUCUAUCAGGGCUCGAGCAUCAAUGAGCUGCGCGCUGCUGCACGGCGCCAGACUACCUACUUCAAAUAUGGCACCAACAAUCCACAAGAAACCAUCUAUGCCAAGGUCAUGGAUACGUUGCAUUGGGCGCUGGAGCAACUGAGGAUCGGUGCCGCUAGUGGACGUGCCCAGGGCGAGGAAGCCGCCGAGAAAAUCCGCGAGAAGGUUUCUGAGAAGACGCAAAAGCUACGGGGAGAAUUGUAA